CAUUAACUCCGAAAUUUCGUCGAAAGUUGACCGAAAUAUUGCGAAUGAUAUACGUCGCUAACAAUCCAGGAAAUAUUUAACUCCAUAACGUCCAACUCCACUAGAGAGACUUUUGUCACGUUCGUGAGAGGGGGUUACGAAAAUGUCAGUAAAAAUGUUUCCCGUGAACUAUUGGAAAAACAGUUAAGUGUGAAAAAAAACGAUACCAGUAACGACAAUGAAGCGCACGAUCGGUGCGAUCUACGUCAUGUCGGUGAUAUGCAAAGUGAUAUUGUGCAGACAUACCAACGAGCGAACGCAUCGACAUAUUUACUCCAAUCGAUAUCAGGAAUACCAAUUUAUUAAAUCGGAAAGUUUGUUCAUCAACGAAAACGAGAUAAUCAACCCUGUCAAAAAGACCGACAGAUCCGACACGCAUCGACUUCGUCAUCAUCACGACGAAAUCUACUGGCCGGUUAAGAAGGAAGCGAUAGUGGAAGGUGAUUUGGUCUUGGGUGCACUGAUGAUGGUCCAUGAACGAGAAGAUUCGGUAACCUGCGGUCCGAUUAUGCCUCAAGGUGGAGUUCAAGCUGUGGAGGCCAUGUUGUACACGUUGGACAGGCUAAACUAUGCUAAAGAGAAGUUGUUACCGAAUAUAUCUCUUGGCGCGCAUAUCCUGGACGACUGCGACAAGGACACGUACGGCCUCGAGAUGGCGGUGGAUUUUAUUAAAGGUUCGAUCAGUAACAUCGACGGCGCCGAAUACCAUUGCAACAGGACUCAAGUUCGAAAGGUUAUCUCCGGGGUAGUUGGAGCGCCAUCUAGCGUAACGUCUAUUCAGGUGGCAAAUUUGUUGCGCCUGUUUAAAAUUCCGCAGGUGUCGUUCUUUUCCACGAGCCCUGAGCUGAGCAACAAACAGCGUUUCGAGUAUUUUUCGCGGACAAUUCCGUCGGAUCAUUAUCAAGUGAAGGCUAUGGUGGACAUCGUUCUUCAAAUGGAAUGGAGUUACAUUUCAAUAAUUUACGAGGAGUCAAACUACGGAAUUAAAGCUUUCGAAGAAUUAGAAGAACUUCUGGCGGAAAACAACAUAUGCAUCGCGGUAAAAGAGAAGCUCGUUAAAGAUUCAGGGGUGGCUAGGGAAUCCACAUACGACAACAUAGUGCUAAAGCUUCAGACUAAACCUAGAGCAAAAGGAUGCAUAAUCUUUGGAUCUGACCAGGAAGUGGCCGAGCUAAUGAGAGCAGUACGCAGACUCAACGCGACCGGCUCAUUCUCAUGGAUAGGAUCCGAUGGAUGGAGCGCCCGAUGGAGUGUAUCUGACGGGAACGAAGCGGAAGUGGAAGGAACUUUAUCGGUUCAGCCUCAGGCUAAUCCAGUGCGAGGAUUUAAGGAGUACUUCUUGUCACUAAAUGUCGAAAAUAAUCCCAGAAAUCCUUGGUUUGUCGAAUUUUGGGAACAUCACUUUUCCUGUCGCUACCCCAACAGCUCGAAGACACCCUACAACAUUAGAUAUACAAAGAACUGCACGGGCAAGGAAAAGCUCACCGAGGAAAAUAUCGUAUUUGAGGAUCAACUUCAGUUUGUCUCAGAUGCCGUCAUGGCGUUCGCUUACGCCAUAAGGGAUAUGCACGACGACUUGUGUAAUGGCCGAGCAGGUCUGUGCGAUGAAAUGAAACCCACGAAGGGACCUGAACUACUGAAAUACCUUAGGAAGGUUCAUUUUGAAGGUUUGAGUGGAGAUAGCUUCCACUUCGAUAGCAACGGAGAUGCUCCUGCCAGAUACAAUAUCAUCCAUUUCAAGCAAGUUGCGGCUGGGAAAUAUCAGUGGGUGCGUGUAGGAGAAUAUGUGGAAGGGAAAAUCAGGUUGAACAUGUCAGAGGUUCAAUUUAAAUUAGGUCAGCCUAAGCCACCCGAAUCAGUAUGCAGCCUAGAGUGUGAUUUGGGUCAGGCAAAGAAAUACGUCGAAGGGGAGAGUUGCUGCUGGCAUUGCUUCAACUGCACUCAGUAUCAGAUUCGGCAUCCGUCGGAUCCCACUCAAUGCAUCGUGUGUCCUCAAGGAACCGUCCCAGAUCCGCGUCACAUUCGAUGUAACCCGAUUCCAGAAGAGUACCUUCAGCCGGAUAGCGGAUGGGCCAUUGGUGCGAUGGCACUUAGUUCGACCGGAGUUUUGGUUACUCUGUUCGUACUGGGGGUUUUCAUUAAGUACAAUACUACCCCCGUCGUAAGAGCGUCUGGAAGGGAAUUAAGCUACACCCUACUCGCAGGAAUACUGAUGUGCUACUGCGUCACUUAUGCUUUGAUCCUAAGACCCAGUGAUAUUGCGUGCGGUGUGCAAAGGUUUGGGGCAGGCUUCUGCUUCACGGUAGUGUACGCUGCGUUACUGACGAAAACCAACAGAAUAUCGCGUAUCUUCAAAGCCGGUAAACAUUCAGCGAAGCGACCCAAUUUCAUUUCGCCCAGGUCGCAGAUCAUCAUAUGUACAGGAUUAGUGGGGGUUCAGAUUCUAAUCAAUGGCGUUUGGAUGAUCAUCUCUCCCGCCAAGGCAAUCCACCAUUACCCUACGCGGGAAGACAAUCUACUUGUGUGCUCGUCGUAUAUAGACGCGUCAUAUAUGAUAGCAUUUACAUAUCCCAUUUUUCUCAUAAUAGUUUGCACGGUCUACGCGGUACUGACGCGGAAAAUCCCAGAAGCAUUCAACGAAUCCAAACAUAUUGGUUUCACAAUGUAUACUACGUGCGUUAUUUGGUUGGCAUUUGUACCACUGUACUUUGGAACGGCUAACCACGUAGCACUGAGGAUCACCAGCAUGUCUGUUACGAUAAGCCUUUCUGCGAGCGUAACGUUGGCUUGUUUGUUUUCUCCCAAGCUAUACAUCAUUCUUAUAAGGCCCGAACGGAACGUGAGACAAAGCAUGAUGCCGAUGAGGUACAGUGCCAUAAACAAAAGUUCGGUUACUGCGGGUUCGGGGAGCAUGAUGGCGGCUGUGGUGGUGACAGCCGCUACCUGCGACCAAAACCAAAAAAUCCAACAAGCCGUUACGCCUGUGGAACAAGAUUCCAUGGAAGCUAAAACGAAAAUCGAAACCAAAGACUCAGGCACCCAAACCACGCCGACCAACGGUCUAAACAGUUGCUCAGUAGAAAACAUAGGAAAAUUUAACAAUAACUGCAGUAUUAACGGACCAGUACUCCCCGCACAGAUCAAAGAGUUGUCUUUAUAGCAGCGUCCGGUCAGUAGAACUUCCAGUUUAAAGGUUAGACGGGAUCCGGUGCAGGUGUAAAACAUGUUUUAUACGUCUUCUUAACAGAGAGUAGAUAUAUUCGUAAAAUAGGUAUGGUAAUGUAAUAUCUAAAUAACCGUUCAUGUUAAUAUUACGGCUUGAACGUUUCGUUAAUCACAUUCGCUCGGGAGAAUAACAGAUCAGCAGUAAAUUUUAAUCAUAAAUAUUUUUUUUACUAUAAAUGUGAUUUUGGUCAUUUUCGUUGGAUGCGGUGUGGAUAAAUCGACUUUUCUGAAAAAAAAAUCAAAAGUCGUCUGAGCCCGUUCCAAUAAGAAGAAGCAGAAGACUUAUUGACAAUUUCACUCACGAUUGAAAACAAUGAAAUUGUUAAAAUGGAAAAAGUAUUAAUCACAACCCAAUAACAUCCAGAAGACAAGAAUCAUUGGUUUCUGGUGUUUUUCAAAGAGACUUCCACAGGCUACUGUAACACUAUUUACAAAUCUUCUGGAUGCCUCCUGUGUCGGUUCUUGAUAAAUCGAACUUGCUCACGUUUCGCUAAUCAUCUUGUUGGCUUCUUCAGAUCUUAACUGAAACUGGUCUGCAUUCUACUCUGUACCUGUUUAUAUACUGUUUAAGGAUAGCGGAGCUAAAGGAGGUACACCGACAUUGCCUAGAAUGACCAUAUUAGUGAAAGAUUCUGGGAUUUUUCUUUGGCAGACGAGUUAAUUAUAUACAAGAAUUGUAGUUUGAUCUAAAAAGAGUUAGUGUCCGGUUUCAUGAUUAUAUUCGGCAAUUGUUUAGUCUUAAGGGUCUUUGAUGUUCUGUUAGCAUUAUUGAUAUUUAUCGUCCUACCUCUUCAAUGAAUUAUUUGUCGCAUAUGCGUAAAAUGUUGUAAACUCCUGGUACAUCAAACGGAACUUUGUCUGACAGAUCGAAGAUAUUGAGAGAUUUUUGGAAAAGUAGGAAAUCUGAUUUUAACUUUAUAGUUCUUAAACACUUUUGAUAGGUGGUCAUUAAUGUUUUGAAUGUAAGGAAGGACCACAGUGGCCAGUGUGGGAUAGCUUUCGGGUCCAUUUUCUUUGGGAGGUUUUUUAAAAAUACUCUUAUUAAGAUGAAGUCACUUUAAACUCAUAGGGAAAAUAAUAUACGACAAAAUAUUAUCCUGAAGAAAUGUCUGCUAAAUAUAUACAAUAAAUUCAUAGCUAGAAAUAUCUAUACAUAAUUACAUUAUACAUUACAUCGUCGUUGAAAUUAAUUAUAAUAGGAUUUAUGUUGUUUUGUAUAGAAAUGUAAGAGUCCUCAAUUUUUAUAAUGUGUUGUACUCAAUUUUUCCAGCUCUCAAUUAGUAUAUUGUUCGUUACCUUUUCUAUCAAAUUUAUAACACUGGGACUUAAAGUAGGAGUAACAUUUUCUGCUCGGACCUGUGAUUUUUUUAGGUGCUUUCGUCUGACAGUUUUGAGUAGAAUCCUUUGGAAACAGUGUCGUGUGUAUCGAACCAUAUUUCAUCAAGGUAAAUUAUGGAUCUGUUGUCCAAUCUAUAUCUGCGUAACCUGUGUGAUUCCAUUACUACUUGCCUUUUGUCUAUUUUGCAGUACUUAAAUCCCAUUUUACAAACAACUCUAUGGAGGUUCGCACGGCUUAUAUUUAUAUUCAUCUUCUUCUAGCUUUUUUUUUCAGUUUAUCCAAGGUAGGAACAACUUCGCUUUGAAAAAGACAAUAUAUUUUGCUUCUUAUUGGGUCCUGAUCACUAAUGUCUAAACGGUGAAUUGGAAAAUCACUGCGUUUAUUCCAUUUCUUCAAUUCUUCACUAUUAAUAAUAUUGAUAUUGGGGUUUGGCGUCUCACACAUUUUCCGCAACCUGUUUUUCAUCGAACGACAAAUUCAACACGACAUAAACGCACAGUAAAAAACGAUUAUGCCCACCCCUCCCUUGUCACUCAAGUAACAUUAAAUUUUUGUUAAUGGUUUCACCCAAUAACAAUAAUAAUAACACCGUUAAAGUUUUAGUGAGGAGGGUCCGUCGAAAGCCACUACGAUUAAGAUUGAGAUAGACUAUACAAAAAAAUAUCCACUGGUUAGGGUACACCAACGAAAGCAAUUUGUAGAAUCGUUGAUCAUCCAGCAGCUAAAUUACUGCGCACUUGAUGGGAUAUCUUCCCAGUAUUUUGGUACAAAAUAAGAAAAGGAUUGUUGAAAUGAAGCAGUUUUAUGUUGUGAAAUCUUAAAUUUUCCUUCAUUUCUGAUAUUGUGGGUGCGACUAUACCGUUUUAGAAGCUAUCGACGGCUGGAUUUUAUAAAUAAAUGUAAAAAUAUGAUUCUUUCUCCAAAUUUUCUUAUUUAAAAUUGAAUAUUGAUUUAGAUAUAGUAAUUGUUUAUAUGCUUUCGGUCCCCAUUUCCCAUAAAAAAAUUUUCAUUUCAAACAGAUAUAAAUUUAAGAUCAAAAUUUAUAAACAUUGUUGAUAAAUCUAUUAUUUUCCCAGCGAACGUAUUUAUUAUAUAUCAACGAAGGGUCCUGAAAUCUUCCAUUUACUUAAUGUUAUUAUUAUAUUAAUAUAAUUAAUUAAUAUUAUACGGUGUUGGGGCGGACUUAUCGUGGUGGGCAAAAAUUGCUAAAUAUUGGUAAGCGGUCCAACACAAGUAUUUAUCUUUCCAUUCGUAAGAAAUUCCAAAAAGUGUCAAUGGUUUACGUUGGGAAAGCGAAAACACUUUUCGAUUCGUUUGCUGAGUAAGAUAUUGUUGUAAAUUGUUAUUGUUUAUAGUUGUUAAUUAUUUUUAAUGUUAUAUAAGUGCCGCGCAAUUAUUUAUCGAAUUUUAUUAGCGCUCCGUUCUACAGCUACAUCCAUUUAUGUAAGGUAAAAUACUCAAUACAAGGUGGAAGCAUAGCAUUUUUUUAAGAUAUUUUGUUUUGAUUUAAACAAAGCAAAACGAGCGCCAUGGUCGGAAAUGAUUGUGUGUUUACUGUGAUUGACUGGUCGAUAAAAUAAAACAACCUAAAUUAUAAACAAAUUUAACCAAUAACCAAACAAGUUAUCCUAUAGCCAGUAUUCUCUCGCUUCUCGCAAGAUUCAUCAACAUUUAUCAUAUAUAAUAAUAAAUAUAAUAAAGAUUUUUUACAAUGACAUGAUGAAUUGCGCGGGAGCCAACGAAUACUUAAGUCACUUUCAUUAUUUGCCAUGCCAGUCCUAGUGCGGUGUGGGUCAAUUUACGUGUUUUGCCAUCAUCAUUUCUUCAACACUAAAAAUAGCGUAUCAAACAUGUCCCGGUAGUAUACUCGUAAAAACGAAAGAAUUUUAUUUCAACAGAAUAAAAAUUAGGCAUUAUGUAUUAGGUGCCCCGGGAAAGUUAUAAAAAGCCAUAAUCGACCGAACAAGUAGUCAAGAUCUCCUAAUCUUAUCUAUAUGCUUGCAUUAUUUUUAGCUACUACUGAAGGAACUGAAAGAUAUUUUAUCAUUUGACCAAAAUAUUCUUCAGAAACAUUCAAAUUCAUGUCUUGGUGCUAUUGACAUAUUUUCUUAUAGAUUCUACAAUCUACAUUAACAUUUUCAAAUUUGUCGCAAAUGCAAAAAAUUUAAUAUAAAUCAACGAAAUGAACUAGGGGGAGAAUGAGGUUUAAAAAAAAGGUUUAGAAAAAAGGGAGUCAUAACUGCUAACAUAAAUCCCCAAAUCAAAACAGUGCCGGUAAACUUAACAUUCUUUUUAAUACAGUAGUCAUACUUCUCCAGUAUUACCAACGCAUACUUCACUUCCAAAUAAUGGAAUCUCAUUGAUGCGGAGAACAUAAUUUAUGUUCCUUUGCCCGCGCUUAGUCUAUUUUUCUUUGGAAUCUUUCUCUUUUAUCCAUAAAGAUCUCAAUUAUAUAUCAAACAAAAGCAAAAUAAUUAUUCGAACUUAUUUUGUAAGUUUUGCUCUUGAAAAAUUAUUUUUCUACUCCUUUCUCUUAAAUGCCCAAGUACCCACUGAUCUAGGGUGCGGAAAGUGUUAUUUUACCACGCUAGUUUCGUUUCCCACAGAUUAAGACCCAAUAAGGACAUCGCAAUUAGCGAUAGGAUGUUUUCGGAGAUUUUUCCCACAGCUUGAAUUUUCACGUUUACUAAUUCUGAGGGUCAUGUCACUGUCAAAAUGUAUCCAAAAACUAAAGGUCGUAGAAAAAGUAUGGCCAUUUACCACACUAGUUUCAUAAUAUACUAUUGUGGUUGCCUGAUUCUUUUUUAAAUCAUCUAACUCGAUAUUGAAAUAAUACUACCGACUUCGAGUUCCCUAUAAACAAACCAAAUAUCUUGAAAAAUAUCAAAAAUAUACUAAAUGUUUACGUGAUUGCUCAGUUUGAUGCAGAAUAGAAUUAAUUAGUUUCACAAAUUUAAUAAUUCUUUUAUCUCUAAAAACGAUAAGCUUCACAUACCAUAAGUCUUUAUAAGCCGGUAAUUUAGUUUCAGCGUAUUUUUGAACCUUGGCACUGUUAAAAACGGUAAGGCAAUUAUGAUUAUGGAUCCUUGUAAAAUCCACUAUAGCGGGCGAAUUAUUAAAACUGCCUGGUGAUGACGUAUAGAAAGAAUAAUAUCAGACAUUUUUAAGCACAACAGAAAACGAAUUUUUUUCAGACGGUUUGUAAGAAACAUUCAGGUGCUCUAACCCUAAAACCAUUAAGAUUUUAUCGUUUUGUAAAAUUACCCUAUCCAGUGUGCCCAAUAUGUGGGAGAUUGGAGAUAUGGCGAUAUUCUUUAAAACUUUCCUAACUUAAAAGGAGAUAGAGAUCUUCUAUAGUUUCCGAUAUUCCCGUGCUAUCCCAUAGUGGACACAUUCACUAUAUAUUACUUUACAGUUAAAUUAAGUAUAAAAGACAAUUUCAACUAAAUAAUAAUAGGGGUCUAUAAUAAAAGUUUUAAAAUAAUGAAGCAUCGUACUUAUUUACUUUAUUUUAUUGCCAAAAAUCAAAAACGGAAAAAAAGUAUAUUACGCCUUUAGACUUUGUUUAACCAGCCAAAUAAAAGCUAAAUUAAUAAAUAAAAUGAUAUUAAUAUAU